AAAGAUGGGCUCCCUACCUCCACCCGCAGGUAUCCAAACCAUUGAUAUCUCUACUCUGAUUAACAGCAACGACCCAGUUGCCCGCAAAGCUAAGGCCGAUGAACUCGUAGCCGCUAUACACAUCCAAGGUGCCUGCGCUAUAGUUGGUCAUGGCAUCAAGGUGGACAGAAUGAGGGAGGCCCUCGACUGGUCUCGCAAGUUCUUCGACCUCCCGUACGAAGAGAAAGCCAAAGCCAACCACCCCAACGGAAUCGUGCCACACCGUGGCUACUCCGGGAUUGGGAGGGAAAAGUGCUUGAUAUACACGGAAGAAGAGCUUAAGAACAUGACAGGAGAACUGAGCACCGAUUUCAAGAAGGCGCUUGAUUUCAAGGAGCAUUACGAUAUUGGCAGUGAUGGAGAGAAAGUCCAUUACAACCUGUGGAUUGACGAGGCCGCACUGCCCGGCUUCCGCGCCUGGGCGCAGAGCUACUAUUGGGAGAUGGAGAAGCUGAGCAGGACGGUGCUGGAGGCGAUGUUGCUCGGGCUCGAGGUGGACGAGGAGGCGCAGAAGUACUUCAUGAGCAUCCACACGGGGCACCAGAACGGGCUGCGGCUGAUGCACUACCCGUCGGCACACGAGUCGACGAUCGACCGGUCGUCGCUGACGUGGUGCCCGACACACACGGACUUCACGACGUACACGUUGCUGAUGCAGGACAAGAACCAGGGGCUGGAGAUCGAGGACCGGCUGCACCCGGGCACGUUCCUGCAGGCAACGACGGAGAUUGAGGACCGCCUGUACCUGACCAUCGGCGACUUCGGCGAGAUCUGGACCAACGGCUACCUGCCCGCGUCGCGGCACCGCGUCAUCAUCCCUCGCGCCAGCGACGGCUCCGACAUCACCCCCAAGCGCUACUCCAUGCCCUACUUCAUCACUCCCGCCGAAGACGGCAUCACCGGCCCCCAGAACACUGGAAAGCCUGGGACUAUGCCCCCUGGAAAGUACAAGACGAGCACCAUCAAGGAGCACAUCGAGUUUAGGAUGAAGUUCCAGUACUAGGCUAGGAGGCAUAAAGGGGGGCGGGGACUAGGGAAGGGUUCGAAUUGGACUCGUCAGGGAUGUGCAAUCAAGGAUUGGCUUUUUUUGAGGAUGAUGACAUACAUGAUUGACUAGGGACUCGGUCUACGUAGUGCGUUCUGAUGUUAUUGUUGAUUCUCGGCGUUAGCUGGGGAUUGUAAUAUCACACUGCCCACUUGAACACCGAAAUAGGGG